UGUCGGGAGCCGUCUCCCGUCGUGCACCGGGGCGCCGGCGACUCACCCGGAAGGAGAAGCCGAGACUGUGGCUGUAUGUUGGGGCGCUGGCGGUGUGGCUGUGGGGAGUGGCUGCCGCUCUCAGUGAGGAAGAUUCACCCUGAGCUGACAUCCGUGCCAAUCUUCCUUUAUUUUGUAUGUGGGAUGCCUCCACAGCAAGGCUGAUGAGCGGAGUAGGUCCACGCCUGGGGUCCGAAGAGGAACCUUUAGCAGGUUGCGUGGAACUUUAACCACUCCGUCAUGGGCCAGCCCCUUCUCUUUUGCUUGAAGAAGAUUGUCCCUGAGCGAACAUCUGUGCCAGUCUUCCUCUGUUUGAUGCUUUCUUCCAAUGGGCUUUUGGUGUAAGAUGUUGGAGAACCAAGAGCAGGAGGAGGUGAUCACUGUGCGAGUUCAGGACCCCCGUGUGCAGAAUGAGGGCUCUUGGAAUUCUUAUGUGGAUUAUAAGAUAUUCCUCCAUGUAAGUGCAUCCGACUUCUCUGCUGGUCAACACUCGCCAGGGCUGAGGGCCAGUGGUGAGACCAACAGCAAGGCCUUUACUGCCAAGACGUCCUGUGUGCGUCGCCGCUACCGUGAGUUCGUGUGGCUGAGAAAGCAGUUACAGAGAAACGCGGGUUUAGUGCCUGUACCUGAACUUCCUGGGAAGUCAGCCUUCUUUGGCAACUCAGAUGAGUUCAUUGAGAAGCGAAGACAAGGGCUGCAGCACUUCCUUGAAAAGGUCCUGCAGAGUGUGGUCCUCCUGUCAGACAGCCAGUUACACCUCUUCCUGCAAAGCCAGCUCUCAGUGCCUGAGAUAGAAGCCUGUGUCCAGGGCCGAAGCCCCAUGACCGUUUCCGAUGCCAUUCUUCGCUAUGCUAUGUCAAACUGUGGCUGGGUCCAGGAAGAGAGGCAGGGGUCUGCUCACCUGGCUAAGGGAGACCAGCCUAAGAGUUGCUGCUUUCUUCCAAGAUCAGGCAGGAGGAGCUCUCCUUCGCCACCUCCUGGGGAAGAAAAGGACCAUUUUGAGGUGUGGGCUCCUGUUGUUGACUCUGAGGCUCCUUGCUUGGAAAGCCCCCCUCUCGCACCCUCCUCCUCACCAUCAUGCUGUGGUCUUGCAAGACCUGAUGAGGGACUCUCUGCUCCUCAGCCUGUGAGGAGGGCCGUGGGAGGGGACCAUGCUGUGCCUUUGGACCCUGGUCAGUUAGAAGCAGUUUUGGAAAAGUGAGCUCUGGGUUCUGCUCCGAGGUGGACAGAGAAGAUGCAGGCACGGAGACUUGCUCGGGUGGGAUCGGGCACAGGACAGGUGUCGGAGGCUGGGCCGCUUAGUGUCUUACAGUUGCGUCUGCUCAGGUUGGUUGCACAGAGGUCGGUCACGACAACUCCUCAAGCUUCCUCCAUAGGAAUAAACACUGUGCAGAUGUUUGUAAGUUAAGCAUAAGGCCCAGGGGCUGUUGGUUUUGAAUAGAACCUCAUAUUUACUUUCCCUGGACCUGAGUUUCUUUAGAUGUUUCUUAAUGGGCCCAGGAGCACUGCCUCAGGUGACUGGUUUUGGGGACCUGUAAGUGGCCGAUUUUAAGCUGCUGUAUCGAAUGUUGUUGCAACAGAAAUGCUUGUGCAGCUGUAGUUCCUCUGGCUCUGAUUCUGCUGCAGCCCCUGGAGCGCUCUGUUUCUGGGAGGCUGGCCUCUUGCCUGCCUCCUUGCAUGGCCGGGCUGCUGAACGUUUCUUCUCCCACCUCCUUGUUUCUCCUCCACUCAUGCCACUGAAUGGAAUGGUGCUGUGACUCCUGUCGCUGGGCUUUCCUGUGUAUCCCGAGACCUCAGCCUGGCUGUGUGGGGCCUGAGACCCAUGAAAUAGCUCAUGGCCAUCCAUGAAAGAGAAGGGGUUGGUCAUGGCCAGAGGAAAGGCAACAGCUCAGGGGCUUUGUUUUGGAAAAAGACUGUCCUGGGCUAUCAUUCUCUCUUCUAGUUAUAAAGCAGAGACGUGACUGUCUUUUUGGCUGGGUUAGUGUGGGCUCCUUUCUUUUUUGAAUCCUUUUCUUCUCCCUUAGUAAGAGCUCCCUGUCCCCAGGGCUUCAGCCCCUAGAGUGGUCCUCUGCUGCCUUGCAGGGAGGCGGUAUGUUCAGUCCAUUGGGGUGCAAGGGCUUUGUUUCUGCCUGGAGAGAGGGCUCUGGGGAUGGAGAUGAGGACAGCACGACUUCCUUCAGACAAUGAGGCAUUCUGCCCUCCUGCUGCCGUAACUCCUCUCCACUGAGAGCCAGAGCUGGUAGGAGACGAGUGCCACUGGCAUUCUGCGUUGCUCGGCACUUAGGUUUGUGUGUGUGGUUCUUCUCCUUCUCGCCCACUCCCCCCUCCUCUGGCCAUCCCACCCCGUCUGUGGGCUCUUCUACUACCAGCCUAUGCUGUGGGACUGUCAUGGCAUUUAGUUCAGAGUUGAGGGGCUUUGGCCUGAAAUAAAAUUCAAGUAUUUAAGA